AUGCUGAGGCUAAUCGUCCUCAGAAAAAAUUCGGCUACGACUUUUUCCACGACUUUUUCUAUUAUGGAAGCUGAGGUUCUGAUAUUUAUUUAUAUAUCACUUAAAGAAAACAAAUUCAGAAACGACCCAUUAGACACGAAAGCUUAGUUUUGGAAUUGGGGGCCAGAUCUUCGAAACAAGGAAAUCAAAAGCAAAAAAAGAGGAUACACUGGUCCGUCGGUUCGGCGGCCAUGCUGGUUCGUGGAUUGAGAAAAUUUUGAAGGUGCAGAAGGGAAAAUUGAAAAUUAACCGUGAAAAUUUUCAAGAAGUUCCGAUAUAGGGCGUUCUGCGCGAGACGGCCACGUUUUGAAAGAACAGAAAAGAAAAAGCUACCGUGAAUACAAACUGCUAAAAAGGUCUUGAGGCGAAUAUGCUCAAUUUUGAUCUCAUUUGGUAUACGGUCUUUUCGGCGGAAAGAAAAACGUGACAAGCUGGCGCGUACUGGUCAAUAGCUCUUCAGGAGUUUUAAAUUUUAGCAGCUAGGAAAAUAUUUUUCAAACACAUUUCCAGGUUCUUCCGACGUUCGCGUUUUCCCUGGGAUGCUGGCAGGUGUACCGCCUCCGGUGGAAGCUGAACCUCCUGGAGUCUUUGGAAGCAAGGCUCGAUCAAGCCGCCGUCCCCUUACCCACACCUUUAGAUAGGUUUUCAAUCAAAAAUAUUCUCUCACUUUCCAAAACUGGAAUUUAAGAGAAACAUUGAAGAGUUUGGAGUACUGCCGCGUAAGAGUGAGUGGAACGUUCUUGCACGACCGAGAGUUCAUCAUCAGCCCACGAGGACGGUUUGAUCCAGGUGAUUUGAGAAGUUCCAAAGCGAUCAAUGAACAGUGUUCCGCGCGAGACAGACUAAAAUCAAUUGUGAACUAAGUUUCUGCUCUCUUUUUGCAGUUUUGCUUAGAAAAACGGCAAAAAGACAGCAAAAACAAAGGUCUUAAAGCGCAGUUUGAUCAAAUUCAAUCCAAUACUGUACCUUUUUGCUGAAGAAAAACGGUACCCGCCGGCCUGAAUUUGACUAUAUAUUUUUUCUGGAGCGGUUAAGGGGUUUGACCGAAAUCAACAGAGCCUAAAUGAGGAAGAAAAGGUUUAAAAAGUGAAUUUAAUUUGGCUUAUUUGCUUCUGUGAAUGCUUUACGUUAUGAUAAAUGAGGAAAAAGGUCCUGACAACAGUGAUAAUUCAUUCUCUUUUGCUAGAAUACAGCGGGACUAGCUCUGCGAUUUGAACUCUUUUUCAUCACGAUCAGUGGAAAAGACAAAAAAUUUGUGAGCGAAAAAAAGUUCGUCUUCUUUGUUUUGUAUCAUCAUAUCUUGAGUUGAUAUUUCAAUACUCAGUUGAAAUAGGUUGUUUUUGUUUAAAUAAGUUUUUAAAUUUACAGUAUUAGUUUGGAGAAUAAACUAUCAUUUCUAAAUUUAAUUUCAAAUGCAGGCCAAACUACCAGCGCUUCGACUGGAUCCCUUUUGUCGGAAAACGACCUCUCCAGCCAUGGUGGCCAUAUCAUAACGCCUUUCCGGUUAGAGUCCAGUGGGUUGGUAGUUUCCCACGAUGCUCUUUUGAGAGUGUCAGUUUGCAGGGAAGUCAUCUUGGUGAACCGAGGCUGGGUGCCGCAGUUCUUGUUUGACCCGGAAGCUCGGACCAAAACGCAACCUCGUGGAGUUGUGUUUUUUGAUGCGAUCGUCAGGAAAACGGAAAAGGUAGACUCGAUAAGUUGACGCUCCAGGCGUCCCUUCCAAAUGAGUCAAGGGGUUUUUCAAGUGAAUGCCGGCCACACCGAGCUUGUAGAAGAUAUUUUUUGUUUGACAACCUGAGUGACCGCGUUUUUAAGCUUUUAGAAACCCUCUUGAUGCGAAAAGUCUGCUAGUGACUUACAAGGUAGACCAUUUUGCUUCGUAGUUGAAAAUUUUCUGAAAAUUUGCUGAAAUACCCUAUGCAAAACUUCUUAGUUUUUGAGAAACGAGGGCUCAAAGUCCCGAAAUGACCAAUUUCAACGGAUUUUGAGGGUUUUCUUUGAGUUUAAAGGGACUUUUUAGCAAAAACUAGUUGUGCAGCUUGAGACUUCCAGAACCUUCGCCAUUUAAAUCAAAAAGUGUUCUGACCAAUACUCAGGAAAUUCCCAACCGCAAAGAACCAUCCUUGUCAGACCGUCAGUUUAUAGUGAAUACCCAGUAAUUGAGGUCCUCCGAGAUUAAUGGCUUUCAGCGCCCCCAAUUUGUCGGCCAGAAUAUCCCCGAACGCGGCGUUUGGUACUACCGCGAUUUGGAGCAGAUGGCCAAAACUUACGGUACUCUGCCAGUCUGGGUCGAUGCCGCUUUUGGUGGGUUCACUUUAAAUAAAUAGCAUUUGCAAAGAUCUCAACUUGGGCAAAAAUAAAAUAUCAUGUUUCGCCCAAAAGUACCUUUCUUUUCAAGAAUCAACGAUUCCCGGGGGACCGAUUGGUGGCCAGACCAAUGUGAACAUCCGGAAUGAACACCUACAAUAUCUACUUACAUGGUAAUUUUAACAGAGAAACUUCCAAUCAUUCUGAGCGAAAUUUUCAGGUUCUCAUUAACCGCAGUCACUUUGGCCAUGUGGUUGCAUCGGUUCCGGAGAUAA